GUCCAUAAUAAAUUACUACAGUAGCAGCACCAGAAGAGCACCUCAGCUCAUUACAAAGUACAGUACAGUAUGCCAACAGUGCUCCCUGCUGCUAAGUUAACACACGACCCACUGCCUGUUGGCUGUUGGCUUGUUCCUUUGCCCUUCUUCGUUUGCUUCCCCGAGCCAUGCAUGGUGGGCAAGACCAUCAUCAUCGUGCCAUUCGGGUGCCCCCAACGGGUCCCGCUUUGGGAGGCUCCUUUGUAUUAAAAACCACUGCAGCUAUAAGAUGUGACAGUAAGUUACGUAGACGGCAUAGAAUGUAGAAUGGAACUGUAUGGUCAUAUUGAAUUCGUAAAUAUGUACAAAAUAACGCCCCCUUUGUUAUGCAUCUGCAUCGUUAAGCCAAGCUUCGUCCCCUGGCAGCCGUACCAUCUGCCUGCCGGAGCCGCGAGCUCGACUUUGACCCGGUUUACCGGAUCUGCAGUUUCCGGCAAAUAGCCAGCCAACCACACACCUCCAAAGGCGCAUAUUCUUCCAUUUCUUCCAUCCAUGGCAUCACAGGUUUGUCGUUAGGGCCGGGAAAAUAGAUGCCGCACCCAGGGCCAUCGAAACGUGGCCAGCCCCCUGUGCCAGCUGCCGCUCCGAUAGCCAAGCCCGGAGCCGAUGCUAUCUCGCGCCUCAGCUCAUGUGCCGAACGGCAUCUCUUCGUUGCUGCUUCAUACUCUAGCGAGUCAACGCUCGCCGCAAGGCAAAACGGCUCCUCUAACUGUGCACGUCGAGAUCAGUCUGACUCGCUGCCUCACCAUCAUCAUUGCAUCGUUUCAUGUCGUAAAAAAGUCAUAUGCCCCAUCGUCACGAAUAGCUUGGCUCUGGGUAUCGCCUAUUCCCAGUGGGCAUUGCACUGGUAGCCAUGUCCACUUCGUCGUCUGCCGACGGCCGCCUGUCCCACCUUCGUCUCUCCUCCUUCAUACGAUCCCUGUAAGACAUAUCCCAGGGUCCCGCAUCCCGUCUCCGAUCUGCAUCUGCGUGGCUACUGGUUCUUCGUGGAGGGUCAGGUCGUCGAGUGCGUUGUCGGUCUCGUGGAGGCAUUCGAUCUCUGUCGCUAUCACGCUCGCGGUCCGAGUCUCUCACGCGCUCUCGAUCUCCUCUGUCUUUAUAUCGAUCCCGUUCGCGAUCACUGUCUCGCGCCUUAUCCUCCGUAGCCUUUCGUCGGCGACGUCGCAGCUCAUCUGCAGGAUCGUCUACUAUUUCGUCAUCGGUAUCUACAUCAGAGUAGCUUUUGCUGAGACGCGAUGAUGUAAACUGUUCUUUGCUACGUCUUGGACGAAGGUGCUCGCUGCUAGCGUGGUGGCGUGAUGCUGGCUUUGAUCGAUCUGAGGCCAACCCAUUGGGAAGAAUACUGGAAACCGUUUCACUGAGCUUAUGUCGCAGACUGCCCAGCGGACUCAAUCCAGUAGACCGCCUUGCAUCGUCUGAACGAACAUCAGUCCUGAUGGGUCGUGUAGAUUUGCUGCCCGCAUCAGCGGGUGGCACCACGCGACGAAUCGAAGGUAUAGGUGGUGAUGUACCGCGAUGGCGACGCCUAUUGCGAUCAGACAUGCUUGCCGGUAGAUGGAUUUCGUCCUCAGAAGUAGAAUAUCGUCGGGGAUGGCUGUUGCGCCGGCCCUGUGGUGGCCUGCGAUCGGAAGGAUCGAGGUAUGUCUGGUCAUAUAGUGGUUUCUCUCGCUCUUCCUCUUGUCGCGGGAUAGAUGAAAAGUCAGAAAAGCUGCGUCUCCUGGCUCGUUCCUCUGAUGGACUUCGCUUUGCCGACUUUUCUGGAGAGCGUGAAUGCCGUGCCCGCGUAGCAUUUUGUCGCUCUGGUAUAUGUGUGUAGGAGGCCGAUCUCCCAAAGUAGUCGGAAUCGUCGGAUCGUGGCCGUCCAGGCGGCGUCGCGCUAUGCGCCGAGGGUCGACCAUAGCGAGGCUCAGUCGGCUCGGUUGGUCUCGCCCUGCGCAUAGAUUCGUCCUUUUCUCUUGCAGCCUCUUGGGCAACCCGCCGUCCACAGUUUUGAUGCCAAAGGUCUACCUCAACGUCAGGUGUACGAGGAAAGACGUCAGCUGGCAGGUCAGCGGGGAACCGUUCGCCAGUUUCUGGAUGCCUCAGAUCCCAAUUCUUGGCUGCAAACUGCAUAUACGGUACAUGUUCCUCAGGCCCCAACAAGAUUUCCACGGAUUCCCAUCGCGAAAAUCCACGAGGUGUCAAUGCCGGAACUGUCGGCGGCUUGAAGUCGUUAUCGCCAGGUUGAAGACUGUGUUGGCAGCCGGUCACUUGCCAAAUAUAGGAGAUGGAAGCUUCGGGCAUUUCUAUAAAGAUCGCUACAGUGACAAUGUGAAUUAGUUAUUUUGUUCCUGUUACUCAAGAUUGUCAUUGCAAACUUACAAUCAUAAUCACCGCCGACGGCCUUGUAAAACGCGGCGAGCUUUCGGGGCGUCAACUGCAACUCUUGCCUGUCCCCCAGCUCGAUAACCUACAUUAUACACAUGUUAGGAACCCGAUUCUCAUUUUUCUGGAAUGAUAAGACUAAGCGGUGUGCUCUCGUCAUCGACAUACGAUAUAUCUAGCAAUGGCACGAAGCAGCGCAUCGAGCUGCUUCGUCGGCCGCUUGUUCUCCUCAAACAUGUAGGCAUAUUGGAUAACCGCACCCGGGCUCGCUUCAGAAUUGGCCGAUGACACCAUUUCGACGGCCGGCGGUGGUUGUGAUGUCGAGAAGCCAAUUGCGAGGCUGGAGGCUGAAAAGGCGGUGGUGUUGAGCAAUAGCGGGGGACGGUUUCCAAGUUUCGGCGUUGUAGUUUGACGUGAGACAGGAGGGGCAGGCUACGGAGCCAAGACCGGUACCAAGGACGAGAAGAUGCGCGGAGUAGAGUCCUGCUAUAUGACGCAAAACAUAGUACACAUGAUAUAUCAGCAGAGGCACGGUUGGUAUAGCUCUUCCAAGAUCGCUUAGGCCAGGCAGCUCGUAAGAAGGGAAGACGGUGGAUCAUGCGGUGGCGGCGGUUUGCCUUGCGCUGGCACCUGGGCUGGGCUGACGGCUGGCGGCUGGUUGGCAGCUGGCAGGCAAACAAAAAGUCCGGUCAAGUCACGGCUUGACACGUGCGCACAGCCCAAUGCGGCGGCCGGGCGCAACACGCGAGAGGGAAAUAAGGCUUCCUAUUUUUACAGGCCAGAGAGACAAAUGGUUCGCUUAGAUGGAGUGAUGGGAUGCUGUGCAACCAGAUGAGGCGGAUAGAGACGAGAUGGCAAUCUAACAAACUAAACGUAUCGUUCUGGGGCGGGCCGCGGGAGACCAUGUGUACGUACUGUACUCCAUGCAGUUAGGUUAGCGGGCCAUGCCGAAUACUAACUUACACUGUUGCCUUUAACACGAACAAGGCAAAGCACAGUACAGAAGCACGACAGAGAGGAUUGAACAUCCUUAACAAAGACAAAGAAAUACAAAGAAUAUCAUCAACAGUCUCAAAGCAUAAUCACGCUAAUCUUCUCAACAAAUAGCAUGCCAUACAGCACUAGCGCCGCUACAUUCCAUUGACAAAAAUGCCUGUAGGGUAACUGGGGUAACCCACUGAAAGCAUGUGCCAAAACGGGCGGCCCCUCUCCCCCCCUAAAUCCACUGUUGGCGCAAGCAAGCUCGGGACAGCUCCUCUCGUAAAACACCACGUCGCGUUGAGCUUUCCCACACAGCACAGCGCAAAACCCUUGCAACGAACAGGACCAGACUGGCCACACACACUCCUUUGCAUCAAAUAUUUUCUUCUUCUCUUCUUCAACUUUAAAAACACAACCUUUUCCUCAACACACUUUCGAUUUGCGCUCUUCCGCAAACAACAUCUGCACCAUGGACGCCGUUCGAUCGAUUCUUCAGCCCAUUACACACAACCUCCCUGGUCCUAUCAAGGACCUAGGCAUCUCCAUCAUUGGCGACAAGUGCUACCAGUCGCUUAUCAACGACAUCAACAUUGAGGAUGUCGAGUGCAUCAAGUACGGUGUCAGCAAGGGUCUUGGCAUUGGCAUCAUCGGUGCCUCUUCCAUUGUCAAGGUCCCCCAGAUCUUGAAGCUCGUCAACUCCCAGUCCGCAGAGGGCAUUUCUUUCCUCUCGUACCUGCUCGAGACCGUCGCCUAUCUCAUCACUCUUGCUUACAACUACCGCAAUGAGUUCCCCUUCAGCACGUACGGCGAGACGGCCCUGAUCCUCGCCCAAAACGUCAUCAUCUCCGUCUUGAUCCUCAGAUACUCGGGCGAGUCUGCCUUUGCUGCUCUCUUCAUUGGUCUUCUCUCUGCCGCCGCCACGCUUCUCUUCACCGGACACUCCAUCAACAUGGCUACUCUCGGCUACCUCCAGGCUGUUGCUGGAGUUCUCGGCAUUGCCAGCAAGCUUCCCCAAAUCGUUGCCAUUUUCCAGUCUGGCACCACUGGCCAGCUCAGCGCCUUCACGGUCUUCAACUACCUCGCUGGUUCUCUCUCCCGCAUCUUCACCACCCUCCAGGAAGUCGAUGACAAACUUAUUCUCUACGGAUUCAUUGCCGGCUUCGCCCUCAACUUGGUUCUCGCUUCCCAGAUGGUCUACUACUGGAACGCACCCUCCGCAAAGGCCCAAGGCAAGCGCAAGGCAGCUCCCGCCAAGGCCAAGGGCAAGGCUGCUGGUGCUUCUAGCGCAACACCCAAGAAGAGCCCUGCUACUCGCCGCCGUGGCUAAACAACGUUUGCUGGUACGAACUCGCUCCUCUUAGGGGGCAAAAAUUCCUUGUAAACGUUGAAUUACAUCUUUUAAUUUAAAAUCGGGAGAAAUGAAUGGCGGCUAUGGGUUUAAUCCGUCACAGUCAAGAAUGAUUGGUAACCAACAUUGAUUUGUUGUCUGCUUUGAAAUUUACGCCACCUUAAGCUUUGAUAGUGCCUAGGCAACGCUGAAUAAAUAUAAACUUAAUUGACAUGAAAUCAUCAUCAAACCCCGCUGAUUGGAACGCCAUAUGUAAAGUAAAACCAUUUCCAAAACGCCUUGCAAAAGUAGUCCAAUACCCCCCAUAUACGAUAAAUGCCAGUUUUCAUCACAACUUAAAACAUGGAAUGGGACCAGCCAUUCGUCUCGGGCCAAGCGCCAGGCUUUGCGCAGCGUAAGCAUCGGUUCUGCUCACCAAGGUUGCUUACGGAGCAGCUGAAGCAGACAAACUUUCCACAGGCAGAACAGGCUGUAGAAGUCUGACCAAAGGAGUCAACGUCCAUGCCGUCACCGGUAGAGCCAGAAGCAAGGUUGGCGCCGCAGUCCUCGCAGCUUGUGCCGGACAUUGUCUGCUGCACUUCGAAUGUGUUUGUGGCCGUUGGCUUGGAAUUGAUGUUCCAGAAGCUAUGAAGGGACUGCUGCUGUUGUUGCUGUUGCUGCGGCUGGUACUCGACAACAGGUGUUGGCGAUUGAGCUGCGUCGUAGACAGACUCGGGGUAUUGUGACUGCUGCUGCUGCGCUUGGAAGAGGAUGUUGAGAGUUCGUUCUGAAGCGUAUAAGUUAGCACAAAUCUACAGAAUACCUUAG